UGCGAUGAAGCUAUAUAUAUAUACAUUUCCAUAGAUUUCUUUUUAUAUCAAUAGAACAUAACUAGAAUAGACAUACAUUAUGAGACAAAAGAGAGCUAAGGCUUAUAGAAAGCAAAUGAAUGUAUAUAUCCAUGCCUUCAAAUUCAGAGAACCAUACCAAGCUAUAGUGGAUCAUGAAUUUGUUAUAACUUGUGAUAAGGCAACUUAUAAUUUAUCAAGAGGAUUAAAGAAUACGAUUCAAGGAGAAGUAAAACCUAUGAUAACACAAUGUUGUAUGGAAGCUUUAUAUGCGACCAAGAAUCAACAUGCUAUUGAUUUAGCUAAGACUUUUGAAAGACGUCGUUGUAAUCAUCGUGAAGCUAUUGAUCCAUCUAAAUGUAUUGAUUCCAUCGUUGAUAUAAAAGGAGAAAAUAAACAUAGAUAUGUGGUGGCCACUCAAGAUCAAGAUUUAAGAAAGAAAUUUAGAAAUAUACCCGGUACACCUUUAAUAUUCAUGGAUAAAUCAGUGAUGAUUUUAGAACCAUUAUCAAGAGCAAGUUCAAAACAAUAUGAUGAUUUGGAAAGUAAGAAAUUAACUCAAGGUUUAAAUGAUCAAAAGGUGGGUUAUAUUAAUAAAAUUGAAGAAAAGGAAAAAGAUAAUGAAGGGGAAGUAACACAUAAGAAGAGAAAAGGUCCUAAAGCUCCUAAUCCAUUAAGUAUCAAGAAGAAGAAACCAAAUACUGAUUCAACCACAACACCUAGUGAAUCAACUGAUUCAGGUGAUAAGAAAAAGAGAAGAAGAUCACAUAAACAAAAAUCUUCUGAACUGGAAUCUAAAGAGGAAAAUGAAAAGGAAAAUGAAUCCAAACAAGAGGAAGAAUCUACUUAGGAUACUGAAAAGUUAACAAUAGCAUGUA